UCUCUUUUCUUCAAAUUAAACAAGGCUCAACAGUAAUUAUUACCCUGACACAGACCUCAAUGGCACCAGAUACUAGUCACCAAGCUUCAGUGGCUGCUAAUCUUGCAAGAUUCAAUGCCGAGUUUGCAUUGCGAUACGAUGCUCAAGAAGCAACUAUUGUAUUAUCGUCUUUAUUCGCUAAGACAUUGCUUGAAUUUAAUCCUCACCAACCUAGGAAAUCUUCGGAGGAAUCCAACACUGUAUUAGGAAAUCUAGAUCCUGCAAAUUUAUGUGGACCAGACAAUUCUUUACCUGAUACUGCCUCUUUUACAACAAAAUUUCCUCACUCUUUGUUUAAACCAGGUAUGAAAUUAUUAGAUUUCGCAUGUGGUACUGGUUUAGUUACUUCGAAAUUAAUUCCUUAUCUUGUCAGCGAUGACGCUAGUGUUAAAACAGAAGUCGUAGGGAUGGAUAUCAAUCAAGCAUUUUUGGCUAAAUUUGAUGAGAAACUAAAGGGGAAAAGUAUUCCUGCUAACAUUUCAGCCAACUCAUAUGUUUAUGAUGUUCUUGAUAGUAAAUUCGAAGAUGAAUUACAAACUCAAUUUGGGAAUAAGUUUGAUUGUAUAAUUUGUACUAUAUCUUAUCAUCAUAUCGAUAAUUAUCAGAAAGUUACUAAAAAAUUGACUGAAUUUUUGGCCCCCGGUGGGUGGAUUUUAAUUAUUGAUUUUUAUAAUGAGGACGCGGAAUUUGGAUUAAAUGGAACCAAACCGAAACUCAAUAAUGAUGCUGUCAGUCAUAUGGGGGGAUUAAGAUUGCCAGCUUUGAAUGAAACAUUGCAUGAUUAUUGUCAUCUCGAGAAUGUAUCUGCUGCUCGUGAAUAUAAGUGUGAUAUUUGGCAACAAGGUCAUUUCAUUGAUAAUCAUUGUACUCAAGAUAUGAUUGAUAAAUUUCAUAAUGGCGAGUUGCCAUCCAAGAAGAAUCAAUUCGAAGAAGAUCUUUAUUUGGUACAGGUUAGUAUUGUCAUGGCUGUUGGUCAGAAGCUUUAAUUCAAUAAUUAAUUAAUUAAUUAUUUAUUUUUAAGUAGAGUAGAUUAUUUAUUUAUUUAUUUAUGCUUGUAAAGUAAUGAAUUCCCAU